AUGUUGUUAGUUCCAGGCGAAGACGAAGAAAAGCGGAUAAAAACGGUCGAAGAGAAGAAGAAGAGGAAGAAGAGAAAAGAAGUAAUAAAGAAGAAGAAAAUAAAAUAA